AUGCCUCACAGUUAUGGUUACAGGGCGCGUACUCGGCACAUGUUUGCCAAGAAGUUCCGCAAGCACGGACAGGUUCAGCUGAGCCGUUUCCUUCGUCCGUACCAUGCUGGUGAUAUUGUGGACAUUGUGGCUGACUCGGGCGAGCAGAAGGGUAUGCACCACAAGUACUACCAGGGCCGUACGGGUGUUGUUUACGGUGUGUUCCCCCGCGCUGUCGGUGUCAUUGUGUACAAGACGGUGGGCAACCGUAAGAUUGAGAAGCGUGUGAGCAUCCGUGUUGACCACGUACGUCACUCCAAGUGCCGUGACAACUUUGUCAACCGUGUAAAGGCGAACGCUGCUGCUAAGCAUGCUGCCAAGGAGAAGGGCGAGCACGUUAACCUCAAGCGCCAGCCAGCCCAGCCCCGCGAGGCGCACACGAUUCAGGUGGCGCAGAACAAGCCCGUGACGCUCGCGCCCCAGCCAUACGACACUUUGAUUUAA